UCAAAUAGACCAAACUCUCUCUUCUCUCGCUAGACAAGUUAGGCUUCAAUAAGGUCAAAUCAUGGCGUUAAAGAAGUCUAACAAAGUGGCCGGGUCUCAAGCAGCAUAUCUAAAGAAAAUCUUGAAGAGAUGCUCAAGUCUUGGAAAGAAGAAUCAAAGUAACUGCUACUUCAACGACGUGCCAAAGGGUCACUUCCCGGUCUACGUUGGUCAGCAACGUAGUCGCUACGUGGUCCCAAUCUCAUGGCUAGAUCAUCCUGAGUUUCAGACACUCCUCCAACUGGCUGAGGAAGAGUUUGGAUUCGAGCACGACAUGGGUCUCACUAUCCCCUGUGAUGAAGUUGUCUUUCAAUCACUCAUCUCCAUGUUCAGAUAGAACUCGAGAUUAUGAUCCUCUUUAAGAUUCUCAAGGGUUUGAUCACAUUGCCACACUCAAGACUCGAAGAUUAAAACAUUAAACUUAUUACUAAGAAACUCUAGAAACAAGAAAUAAGGAAUAUAUAACUAUAUCUUUAGUUUUUCUUCUUUGCUAAGAAGACAGAAUCAAAUGGCGGGCAUUGCGUCAAGCAUCGACUCAAGAUUUGUGGCUAUAUUAAGACAUCUAACAGUUUUUUAUAUAACCACUCUCUUGGGAUUUAUUUUUAUUUUUAUUUUUUUUAACAACUGAAAUUUAUUUAUUACUUAGAUUGUAACCAAAUUACAUAAAUACAUAUACACCAGAGAAACAACAAAUAAAUAACUAAAAUGAUGAAAGAGCUUCCUGCGAA